ACAAAAACAGAUAAUUACACAAAAAGUUUAGCGGCGGCGAUGGUUUUUGCGAUUAGGUUUUGAGUUCCAUGCCUUUCUUCUGACAAGGUUUUGAUUUUGUUUCAGGGGUGUGGGUUUGGUUAGCGUGGUGGGUUGAGAAAGGAGAUGGUUCCUUUUCUGGUUGGUUGGAGGUUUAAUUCUUUUGGGUGAGAGAGAUCUACUCUCAAUGGGAUGUCCUGGAUCUGUUUCAGAUUUGUUGGGAUUUUUGUUUACCUUUGGGAGCUUUUGCUUUGGUGUGGUGUUGGUUCAAUGCGAUUGAUCAAAGUUGGGAGUAUAGGAUCCGACUGAUUCUAAUCCUUCCUAAUCAAUGGUGGUCGGCUAUUUUGGCGAUCUUCGAUUUGGGAGAUCUUCACAGUUGGCUCAGAGUUAAUUCACUAUCUAGAUUUAGUAUGUCUUCGUGUGAGUGCUUCUCUCUCUGUUUUGGCGUUUCAGUUUGUUUUACUUUCGAUGGCACAACUGGCAAUGAACAAACGCAAGAAGGUCUUGGUCCGGACAUAAACGGUGAAGAUCUCCGAAUCAACUUUGGCUCAGAGGAUUCAGAAAUUCUCCCUCACGCUCAUUGGUAGAUUGAUGAACCCAUCUAUUCAGCGAAUGGAUUCUCUGGUGGCUAAUAUGCCAAAGAUUUGGAAGUUAGAGAAGAAGGUGGUGGGAGAUAACUUAGGGCAGGGGACUUUUCAGUUCAAUUUUCAGUCUGAAGAGGAUCUACAAGGCGUGCUUCAGAAUGUUCUUUAUCAUUUUGAUGGGUGGAUGAUUUCUCUGGUACGAUGGGAACCAAUAAUCUCUAGUAGCUAUCCUUCUGCAAUCAAUUUUUGGGUUAAAAUCUCUGGAAUCCCUAUGCAUUUGUGGGAAGAAGGAACGUUGAAAGCAAUUGGGAAACAGAUAGGUCUGAUUCGAGAGAUCGAUGAAGAGAGUGGGAGUCUAUAUGUCACUGUCAAUGGUUUCAAUCCCUUGAUGUUUUGAAAUGGCGGUUCCCUUUGAUACAUGUGAUGAGGUUGUCGUGACUUUAGAUUAUGAGAAGCUGACCGGUUUUUGCGAGCAUUGCUCUAGAUUAACUCAUGCGUCUGAGCUUUGUCCAGAGAUGAGACAAGAUUCUGGUCCUAGGGGUUUUGAGGAUCAGUCUAAUAAAAGGGGUAGUAUGCGUCAACAGGUCCUCCAGGGUAAUGAGGGAGGCUGGGAAAAGCCUAAGAAGUCUAUUGCAAAAAGAGCAUUGGAUUUAUCUGUGGAGGAGAGGAUGGUCAACUCACAGCCUUCGAUGGGAAUGAGAGGCAAUGGGAGAACUACUUCUCGUAAUUAAGAGAAGUCCCAAGGAUCUGUUUAGGGGAACAAAAGAGGUGGAUAUGCAGGGAAUUGGGCUGACCGUGGCGAGGGUUUUGGAGUUGCAAAUGUUAGGGUUACAUGAGAGAUUUCAAGGACUCAAGCUCACAGUUUUCAAGUUGGCAGAAAGGGUGCUGGUCCGGUGUGGCCACAGCCUCUUUAUCAGGCUAGAGCUACCCAGCCGGCUAAGCAACCAAGUCACAUGACCAAGGAGGUGAGGUUGGCCACUGCUCCGAAUGAGGCUUCGAUGGAGGAUGUUCCGGAGGUUCAAGAGAAAGGCUUGGCUUCAAAUCUCAUGUUUAACGAGGAAACUGAUGAUCUUUUGGAGGAUGGUGAGUUUCAGGAUGAUGUGUCACACACUUUAGUGGAUGGUGUUGAAGCGGAUGUGGAGGAAAAUUUGUCUUCGGGGACUGACUCUGCCAAACAAGGUGAUGGCAGCAAACAGAAAAUGGGUGGGAAGGCGGAGCACAAGGCAAAGAUGAAGCCAUUCUCAGGUGGAGAGAAUCGGAUGUCGAAGAAAGGGACAAUGGCGUUCCCGAAACCACCGGCUCAAACGUGAAAAUUCUAAGUUGGAACUGUCAGGGCAUUGGGGCUGACCUGACAGAGGAAUAUUUGAGUGAUUUGUGGAAGAAGCAUAUGCCAGAUAUUUUAUUUUUAUCAGAAACAAAAAAAAUGUUAUUCUUAUUUACAAAAUUUCAGAAUAAGUUUGGUUAUAAUAAUUUGUAUACUGUUGAUCCCCGCGGUUCUAGUGGUGGUUUAACUUUAUUUUUCAU